AUGAUGGGUGUAAGCAGUUGUAUGAGUGUGCGGCAAGCCAGGGGCGCCUGCCACUGUCCCGCUUGCCCUAGGGCUUCGGGGCAUGGGGCGAUGCCGCCGCAGACGUUGGUGUUGCCUCCGAUGGCGUUGGAACCCGAAGUAACCCCGGUUAAAGACAAAAAGGGAUCGAAAAUGAAAGUUUUGAAGAAGAUUAAGAAGAAAAUCGGACUCGCUCCCCGGACUACGUGUACUGGUGGAACGCCGAACAAUCUGCCACCGCUGACCUUCCAUUCUGUCCAUGGUGAGAACAUUCGCAUCUCCAGAGAUGGAAGUAUUGCUCGGCGUGUCGAAUCCUUCUGCAAGGGCGUCGCGUUUAGUGCCAGACCUGUGCGAGUUAAUGAAAAGAUUUGCAUUCGAUUCAUCGAAGUAUCGGACAGUUGGAGUGGCGUCAUCAGAUUUGGCUUCACCUCCCACAAUCCAGAAACUUUGCCUCAUCCGAUACCAAAAUACGCUUGUCCGGACCUCACCAACAAACCAGGCAGUUGGGCAAAGGCUUUAGGGGAGAGGUUCUACGAUAAAGACAACCUAUUACAUUACUAUGUCACGUCCAAUGGCGACGUUCACUUCGGAAUCAACGGCGAAGACAAGGGCUGCUUUUUCUCCAACGUGGACACCCGAAGCCCUCUAUGGUCUCUGGUAGACGUUUACGGCAACUGCACAGCCGUACAAUACGUAGAUCCAAGAAUGCCCCAAGCCACUCACGUCUCACCCGUUGUGGAAGACAGGUUAAUAGGCAGCAUGCGAUCGUUAUCAGUGGAGGAACCACUGCCAAUACCAAGAUACAAGAACCCCCUUGCGCCCCUAAACCUUCAUAGAAUGACAGGCAGAAAUGUCCAGUUCGUCAACGAGAGGGGAAUCGCUGCCCGUGUCCCGUCCGAAUUCUGCCAGGGCUACGUGUUCACAGCUCGCCCGAUGCGACCAGGCCAAACGAUCAUCGUGCAAAUACUAUCUACAGACGCAGAGUAUUCUGGAAGUUUAGCUAUUGGCCUGACGUCAUGCGAUCCAGCUACACUCCGGACAUGCGACUUGCCAGAUGAUGCUGAACAGCUUUUGGAUCGGCCGGAGUACUGGGUGGUUAGAAGGGAUGCGGCAAACGAUCUGAGAAGGGGUGACGAGCUGGCGGUCACUCUCACCUUUGAUGGAGAGGUUCGAAUUGGCGUUAAUGGAUCGGCGCCUAUAACAGUGAUGCACGUGGAUCAUACGUUGAAGUUGUGGGCGUUUGUGGAUAUAUAUGGCGCGACUCAGAAAGUCAGGAUGCUGACGUCACAAGUGAUGCAAGCGCAGACGCCGCCGCAGCAGUUGCGUGUGCUGACGCGUUCUGCAGCCCCAAUUGCAGGUUCCAACGGCGGGACUGUGCUGGUUGUCAGUCUUCCACCUCAAAAUGGAGCUCAGAAUGCUGUCAACCAUCAGCAGGGCAUGACCUUGGCCAGCGCGCAUUACAUUGAGCCAAUCCAAUCAUCUUCCCAAGUGUGUGUCACAAGUCUGCCAAUAGCAUCUCAAUCUCAGACUUGCUCAUCUUACCAACGUCCAAGAGAAGUCUGCUCCACAAGCCAAAACAACUCUAACGAACAAGUUCGCAUACCAAACGGUCACACAGAAAUAAGAUUGGACCGAUAUCAAAAUGGUCCAUCAACUAGCCGACCGUCCACUUCCCACCAACCAAUAUACUCAGUCAUCGGAGAGGGCCUCACAGGCACAGAGUGCACAAUCUGCUAUGAAAACCCAAUCGAUAGUGUUCUAUAUAUGUGUGGACAUAUGUGUAUGUGCUAUAGAUGUGCGGUGCAACAAUGGAGGGGCAAAGGGGGAGGUCAGUGCCCCCUCUGUAGAGCACAGAUCAAAGAUGUCAUACGCACUUACAAGUCGUGA